UAAGCAUUUCGGGUAUAUGAAAACGGAACGCUAUUAGUUAGAACAUUAAAUAAAUGUGAAAAAGUUGCAAAUUUUAUGUUCUGACUUUGUGUAGAUGAGUCCGGCAAAGCGAGUGCCCCAAGACGUAGAUUCGAGGCCCAGUGUGAUAGUCACAGACAUGGACACAGUGCAUGAAGAAAAUGACAACGAUAAUGACAGCGACGAGUCGUCUUACUCGGAUGUGGUUAGACUCCGUGAGCGGACCCGUGCGAUGUUGGAGGCGCCCACUGAGACGGGGGCGCAUGCACAUUCGCAGCCGAACAGCCGACGCAUGUCAGGUGACAUUGAAUCAAAACUCGCCACAAAUCUGAACACAAGACGACCAUCAGCUAUAAUUGCAGCGUUUCGUCGACCGUCGCAAGCGCUCGCUCUGUGCGCGGCUACACAAAGGAGAUUCCUCUCUGAACUGGCACCACAUUCUAGAACUUCUGUCUCUUCAACAAUACACGAAGCUCCACCAUCAGCCGCUGAGAUUCUGGGACACGAGGCCUUGAGCAAGGCGCUCUCUGCAUUGUACGCCAAGCUGCUAGUGGUAUUAGGUUUAGCUUUUCCCGUAACAGAAGUUAUCGCAGACGUUCCAGAUGCAUAUUAUCAGGGUUUCUACUUGUACCUUUAUUUAGUGUCAGUAUUAUUUGUAAUCUUCCAAUAUGCAAACAUAAUGAGACAGAAGGCUGUCAACCUAAUUAUACAUACAUACGAAGAUCCAGAAAAAGAAGACAAAAAUGGCAAAACAAGUCCCACUGAGAAAAUUAAAAGCAAAGAACCCAAUUUAUCUAGAUACGGUAGUUUCUACCUCAGACUCGGAGCAAUUGCAUUCGGUAUCGGCUCUAUGGUACAUAGUGGCCUAGAAUUCGGGGAGUAUUUCGAAAUGACCGACCAUUGCCGUUCUGUGAUGUCAGCAGCAACUCCAGCGUUACGUAUGUCCCUCACACUUGUACAGAUGCAAUUUAUAUUUUUAACAAACAAAGACAUAGAGACUGGUUCAUACAAAUUGAUACAACGAUUCGGAUUCAUGCACAUGAUAGCUACUAACCUCUGCGAAUGGUUAUACGUCCUCGUAGAAGAAACAAAACACGAGAUACACCAUCUGGAACAUUCUACCGGAAUCUCUAACAGCACUCACAGUAAUAUCUCCGACUCCGAACACUGCAGAAGGGCUAACAUCAUGGGAACAUUGCUACAGAAUGCAUCACCGUUCCUCUUUCCCUGCACAAUCGAGUACUCAUUGAUUUGUGCUGUAAUACUUUACGAAAUGUGGAAAGAGGUCAAAUGCACUCCAGAGGAUUUUGAGAAAAAAUUCAAUUAUACUAAAAACAAAUCUCGGAAUAACUCCGUUACUCCUGAAAAAAUCCUGCAACAGUUCGCUGGAAUGCUUGGAGUCGGAACGGCCCCAGAUAGUCGCGCAGCACUACAUCACUUCUCAGUAGACUGUUCCCAUGCUCACCGUGGACUUUUUGGCGGCAUCUUAAUAAUAGUUCUAACUAUUAUAUCACUCAUCAUGUUCUUCGUAUUAGCAAACCACUCUAACAGUAUUAACGAUGCCAUAUUUGAAGUGAAUAUCUGUGAAAUAAUCCUUUACACUAUAACAAUUUUAGCUUCUGCAAUCGCCUUAAAACAAAUGAGAGUAUUGCCAUAUAAAAGGAAAGCUCAAGGUAGGCAUCGAACACUUAUAAAUAUUAUCAAUUGCUUUUAUUGAAAAUCAUUGUAUCAACAACGAUUAUGGUUACUUCUUUAAUAAAUAUGUAUACCUAAUGUCUUCAGCUGUUCUUGGGCUGGAUACUUCACUUCUGAUCCUCGCGCAGACUGGAAUGUUCGUGUACUGUAUGUUCAGCCUGAUAGGCAGUCAUCACACGCUGCACAAGGGUAAUGGUGGCGGUCUCACGGGCUUCUUCGCUGAAUUCCUGUCAUUUAACCAGACAAUACUUCAGUCGUUAUUUAUAAUCGACGCAUGGUGGCGGCGCUGCAGCACAGCAGAACAUCGCCAACAGAAGCCUGGACGACAACUGGUAACAUUUCUACUCGUGGCUAACAUGGCCAUGUGGGCAAUUAACACCCUCGAAAAAAAUCGUGCUGAGUUCCGGCCUGCCCACUUGGACUUCUAUGGACCAUGGGCGUGGACCAUCAUAACGCACGUGUCAAUGCCGCUAGCCAUCUUCUAUCGAUUUCAUUCCACUAUAUGCCUAUUCGAGAUCUGGAAGAACAGCUUCAAAAAUAAACCUAUAUACCUCAAUGUUUAGUGUAUUGAUAUAAACUAUCUAAAAUUAUGAUAUUAUUGUUUUUAUUUCAUCACAUUAUACUUAGUAAAAUUGUGAUCUGAUUAUAUUGUAUAUACAUAAUUAAUUAAAUGAAUCUUAAAAAUAAACAUAAUAUG